CGCAAAUAGUGUUGCACCUGCAAUGCAAUUUCGUUCUCUUGGCUUCUGUCUCACCAAUGGAGUGACACCAGCCAGCAGAGAUGCUGCUCAAAGACCUUCCCAGAGAGGCCCUGAUGCGGCCCUUGUCCAGGAAUGAAGUCGUGGGCAUGUUAGUGAGGUUGACGGUCUUCGGUGCAGCCACAUACUACAGCAUCAAAUGGGUGGUAGAGGUGAUGGAUCCUACCUCAAAACAGAAGAGCCAAGCCAAGAAAAGGGCAGAACAGCUGAUGAAGAGGAUCGGUGUAGAGGGGGUCAAACUAACAGAUUAUGAGAUGAACAUUGCCUCUCAUCUGGUUGAUCCUCAAACUAUGAAGGUUUCCUGGAGAGAUAUAGCAGGUCUGGAUGAAGUUAUCAACGAGCUGCAAGAAACGGUCAUCCUGCCCUUUCAGAAAAGACACCUUUUAGCUGGAUCCAAACUCUUUCAGCCCCCUAAAGGUGUUUUAUUGUUUGGUCCUCCGGGAUGCGGAAAGACCAUGAUUGCCAAGGCGACAGCCAAAGCCUCGGGAUGCAAGUUCAUUAACCUUCAGGCCUCCACGCUAACAGACAUGUGGUACGGCGAAUCACAGAAGCUGACUGCCGCCGUCUUCUCAUUAGCUGUCAAAAUUCAGCCCUGCAUCAUCUUUAUUGAUGAGAUUGAUUCAUUUCUGAGGAAUCGCUCCAGCUUGGACCACGAGGCCACGGCUAUGAUGAAAGCCCAGUUCAUGAGCCUUUGGGACGGCCUGGACACCUCCUCGACCACUCAGGUAAUGGUGAUGGGAGCGACAAACAGGCCGCAGGACGUGGAUCCAGCCAUUCUGCGCAGGAUGCCCACAACUUUUCAUGUUGGCCUCCCGAGCACAAGGCAGAGGCAGGACAUCCUAAGGCUGAUUUUAGCAGGAGAAAACCUGAGCAAUGCCAUUAAUCUAAAGGAGAUCGCAGAGAAGACUGACGGCUACUCCGGUAGUGACCUCAGGGAGCUUUGCCGCGAUGCUGCUAUGUAUCGGGUGCGGGACUACGUCCGCAAGGAGCAGAUGAGGCAGAUCGCUCAGCAGAUGCUGGACUGCGAAGAGGAGGAGGACAAACCUGUGGAUGAGGAGCGGUUGCGACCAGUCACCCAGCUGGACCUCCUCUUUGGCCUGGACAAGAUGAAGGAAUCUAAGCGGGCCACAGCCUACAUGUUACCCAGCCCAUCAGAGGUUCCUCUGGACUAAACGCCAUCCGUGCACUACGGUGCUGAUGGGGACUCGCCCUCUUCUGGCCUCCACCAAAGUGUCACAGGUGUAGUUGGAAGAGCCAGCAGGCAGCCAUACUUUUUUUAAACUUUGUUUACCCAAACAGGGGAUCUUAUGAGCAUGCUCAUUAUCAGCCCCACUUCAUGUGUGUGGUAUUUUACAAUAUAAUUAGAAAUCCAUCAUCUCCACGAACUGUAUGUUAACUGUUGCUGGGGUUUUUUUGAUACAAGGUUUGGGAUGCUGUCGAUCAUACACUGAGGGGUGAAAUUAGUCACCAGUCAUUUAAAGUCUUAUCAGCCCGGUGUCCAGUGUUACCAAUUGAUGUAUUUUUUGAUGAAGUGAGAAAAAACAUAUAGUAUUUAUUAUACUGCAGCACCACAGAAUCAGCUAAUCUUGCUGCCCCAACCCCCUGCACCCCGCACAGUAUAUUCUCUACAAAGUUUGAUAUAUCACAGCACAUUCAUCCCUUUUCCAAGAGUCAAUGCGUCCAGCAAAGAUUGGCUGAUUCGUUUUCAGAAAUCUCUUCAGAAAUAUAAUCAGAGCGUGUAGAUUUAAGUUUGAUUAUUUAUAAUCAGUUCCACUUUUAUUUGUCUUUUUUUGCCCACAGCUGCUUAAACUGAAACUGAAUGUAUGACUGCUUCCCUCUAGUGCAUAAUACACAGGUUCAAAUAUUUGUUUUUUAUUUUGUGCAACAGUAGGGUGGCGGUUACGUCCUCUGACUCCAUUUAUCUCUUUACUAGAAUAUGUUGGAUUUAUGUGUAUUUACAGAAAUUUAAAUUUGUGGGGGGGGAUUAAGAAAGAAAAAAAAAUAAAAUAUAUAUAUAGAAAAUGUCUAAUCAAUCAAAGAUUUUGCAGCCCUCCUGCAGUACCUCUGCCGACCCCCUAGGGGUCACAGACCCACUGUUGAAGACCACUGGUCUAGUGGAUGCACUGAUGGUGGUUUGGAUUUUUUGUUGCAUUUAUAUUUUUGAAGGUACUGAGAGGAUGCAUUUGAUGCUGUAGAUGUGUAGUGUUGUGAUACUUAUUAUAAAGUUGCUGCUCCCAAGGAGCAUUAAUUGCAUGUGUGUCUUCAGUCACAAAAUCACUGGUGUAGGUGUCAUUAUGACACAGAAGAACAUGGCAAAGUCCAGCACAAGUGAAAUGUAACAUUUGGUACAUAUUGACAAAAAGUGUAGCUAAAUACCUGUUAAUCUGAUGGGAAUUAGAGACCAUAAUAAAUUGUGACAUGGUUGUAUCUGGUUGUUUCCCAGAGGCCUCAAAUCGUCUGAAUGUAGACGAGAAAACAUUUAGUUGUCAAACAGAAAGGGGUCACCAUUUAAACCCUUUAAUAGAAAACCACUUGCAACGGUAAUGUGAGGCAGGAGAAGCAAUAAAAAACGGUUACAUCCUGUUAUUUUAAUAAUUAUUACCCUACUGCUAAGUACAGCACCACUAAAUGUUGCGGCACUUGUCAGUCUGCUGACUGUUGGAGUGUGUGUAUCGUGAAUGGGGUGCGGUAAAAAUAAAAAUAAAAAGUUAAGUUACAAUUGAUGUUGAGACAAUGAAAGCAACAAUUGAUGUUGAAUUGUCUUUUCAUUGCUUUUUAACCCGAAACGGCCUCAGUUUUCCAUCCAGUAGCUGAUACUUCUUUCUCUUAACCAUGUACUGUUUUAUGUCAUAUUUACUGUCCCAUUGUAAUCAUCAGUCAGUCCCUGUUGCUUUACUUUGACUCCUUCUGUAAUGAGCUUUUCAUGUCACAUUCUCUGCAUCAGUCAAAGACUGACAGCAGUGGCUGUUGCCACGACACAUUUCAGGGUUUUCUGUGUCAGUUACUGUUAUUUUCCCUUCAGGGAGAGCGUGGCUUUCAAAUCCAAGUGCUUUCAAUCAUCUGUUAGCCAUAAUGGUUUUCUACCUCCCCCUGUAUAAAAUGCCUCAUUAUUUGCCACAUGGUCACAGCAUGUCUUCAUGGGUCAGACCUCUCUCCCUCACAGUGAAAGAGAGUCAGAGGAUUUUUGUCACUUCUGUCCAUGUGGUGGCGCUGCAGCUACGCGGUCGUCACACUGAGGCAGUUUAUAGCAUUAUGGUGAGACAAUGAAAUAGAGAAACCUGCAUACUCGACUGUCUCCCUUAUUGGUUUAUCUGGAGAUAUUUAGACAUCUGUUGCUCUUCAUUAGCAGACCUCAGGUGACAGGUAAAGGUCAAAAUGUUUCCAUGUAAACCAAUGAGUGUGUCCCAGCUUCUUGCAGGUUACUUUCUCCUUCAUGCAGAAAGGAAACGCGUGUGUAAAUGCUUUCUCUCACAGCAAUAUCACUUAUCACUUAUCAGGUCCUUCAUCAGUUUUGUGGCUGAGAUUCAUUCUAUUAACGCACAGUGCCCCUGUGUUGCUGUUAAUAAUACUACCAUAUUACUAUAUGUGCUAAAAGUGAAAUAUAAAACGUGUACUGUAAAGUGUAUUUAUUAAAUGACAUUGAAGAAAAAGAUUAAGCUUUUUUCCACCAGCAGAAUGUUACCUUAGCAUGGAUUUCAACCUGUUGUUUUUUUCUGUAUUUCUUAGACUGUGUAAACUGUAAUGAACCUCACAACUCCCAAAAGAUAAAGACCUGCCUGUGUGUAUUUCAUCCAAUAAAUAUUGUUACAUAAAUUAUUUAUUUCCUUUA